AUGAGUAUACAUUCAGGUGAUAAACGUCAUAAAUGUGAUGUGUGUGGAAAGGCAUUCAAACACCAAUGUGAUAUACAGAGACACAUGAAAACACAUACAGGUAUUAAACCUUAUAACUGUGAUGUGUGUGGCAAAGCAUUCAAACUAUCACAUCACUUAGAGGAUCACAUGAGAAUACACACAGGUGAUAAACCUUAUAAAUGUUAUGUUUGUGGAAAGGCAUUAAUACGCUCAAGUGACUUACAGAAACACAUGAGGAUACAUACAGGUGAUAAACCAUAUAAAUGUGAUGUGUGUGGGAAAGCAUUUAACAGGUUACAUAUCUUAAAGGCACACCUAAGGAUACAUACAGGUGAUAAACCUUAUAAAUGUGAUGUGUGUUGGAAAGCAUUCACUCAGGCAAGUACCUUACAGGCCCACAUGACGACACAUACAGGUGAUACACCUUAUAAAUGUGAUGUGUGUGGGAAUGCAUUCAACAGACCAAAUACCUUACAGACACACAUGAGGAUACAUACAGGUGAUAAACCUUAUAAAUGUGAUGUUUGUGGAAAGGCUUUCAGACAGUCAGUUGACUUAAAGAGGCAUGGCAUGAUUCAUACUGGUGUUAAACCAUAUAAAUGUGAGGAGUGCGGGAAGACAUUCAGUCAGUCACGUUACCUAAAGUCACACAUGAGAACACAUACAGGUGAAAAACCAUAUAAAUGUGACGUGUGUGGGAAGGCUUUCAACAGUAAAGGGAACUUACAAGUUCACACCAGGAUACACACAGGUGAAAAACCUUUUGAAUGUGAUGUAUGUAAGAAGGAUUUCUCUGACUUAAGUAAAUUACAGACACACAAAAGGAUACAUACAUGUGAUAAACCUUUGAAUUAUGAUGUGAAUGGACAUACUUCACAUACUGAAAGCAAUGCCGGAACAUUAAACGACUAUAGCUUUGAUGACAAUCAAACAGAAUAUUUAAAAAAUGGCACCAAUAUUCUUGCAGGCGAGAACUCUUAUGAAUGUAGCAUUUGCGGGAAAACUUUCAAACAUUCAGAUGACUUUCAAAGACACAGUAGAAUGCGUACUUGUGAUAAGCCUCAUAAAUGUGAUGUGUGUGGGAAGGCAUUCAACAGGGCAGGUACUUUACAGAUACAUGUCAGAAUACACACAGGUGAUAAACCUUAUAAAUGCAGUAUGUGUGGGAAGGCAUUCACACAGUCACAUAUCUUACAGGCACACAUAAGGACACAUACUGGUGAUAAACCUUAUAAAUGUGAUUUGUGUGGAAAGGAAACCUACCAGUUAAGUAACUUACGUUCGCACAUGAGGACUCAUACAGGUGAAAAACCUUAUAAAUGUGAUUUAUGUGGGAAAGCAUUCAGCCAGUCAUGUCACUUUAAGACACACAUGAGGACGCAUUCAGAUGUCGUUAAGGAUCAUCCUCACGUAUGUAACGUAUGUGGAAAGUCAUUCCAGUGUUCAAGUAACUUAAAAAGACAUGGUAGGAUACAUAUAGGUGAGAAACCUUACAUAUGUGGUUUGUGUAAGAAAGCGUUUUGUGAAAAGGGGGAUUUAAAUAAACACAUGAAGAGAAAACACCCUGACGAGAACUUUUUGAAUGUGAUGUAUGUAAAAGGGCAUUCAAACAAUUAAGUAACUUACACUCACAUAUGAGGAUACAUACAGGUUGUAAACUGGAUGAAUAUAAUGUGUGUGGGAAGGCAUUCAAUCUAUCCAGCAACUUACAGGUUCACGAAAAGAUACAUUCAGGUCAUAAACCUCGGGAAUAGGAUACCAGGUAUAUGAGUGAGAAGGUAUAUAUUCUCUGUAUAAGAGACUUAAGAAACACAUCACCGGUUUGCAGUGCAUGCUCACUCCCCCAUAGUACCUGAUCCCUCCUCUAAUAUUUUAGAGGUCAUUGUUUCCUGUGACCCUAUUUUGUGUUGUUUCAUGGACCUUUAAUGGUGAAUACUGUUCAUUAUCUCCAUAUGUUUUAUCAUAUAUAUGAAAACCUUAUAAGAGGGUUGUUCGAAAAAUUCCUGGACGAUGUCAAUUUUAUACUUCUUUCAAGAAAUUUAAAAUAAGCUAAAUAUUCCGUGUAAAAAUAUUUGUUUUGUUGAUGUAUUAAGUUUCAUUUCAUUCGAUUGAAUAGAAAUUAAUUUACUUGUCUUGUACCCUUUGAGAAGACUUGAAAUAGCGUCAAGAAUUUCUUUUUAAUACUAUCCCUAUACAAUUCAACAGUAAAGUUCACUUAGGCUGUUCAAAAUUUAUUCUACGUUUAACAUCACAUCUAAAGUUCAAAACCUACGAGAGAGGGAGGGAAAAAAUAAACAAACAAAAAUUUCAAACAAUUGUGAAUUUAUUUAAAUAAACCUACUCAGUACAUUAAAAAAAACAGUACAACUGAGUGAUAAGAGUAUGGGAUGUGACACUUAAGUUUAUAAUUCCUGGCAGAGUUUUUCCUUAGAAUCCUUUUGUGACCAAGCAAUGUAGACUAAAUGUGCAGGAAAGUGGCUAUUUACUAGGCCUCAGUCCUUAGGAUUUAUAUUGCCACACAUCCAU